GGAGCGCGGCGGCGGCGGCGGCGGCCGAGCCGAGCCGAGCCCAGCCGCGCCGCGCCGCUCGCACACGAGCGGUGGCACCGUGUGCUUUCUUUUGGGGCCACGGUGCUUGCUUCUUCCCUCGGGGGAAGAGGGAGGAAGGUGGCCGUGGGGGUCCGUCCCCUCCCGCGCGUGUGCGGAGAGCGGCCGGCGGCGGCGCCGGGGGUGCUCCGCGCCCUCGCCCUGCCCGCGGUGCAGUUACGAUGCGCCCCGGACGCCGUGUGGUUGCAGCGCGGCGGCGCUGACAUCGCUCACCAUGGACAGCUUCGACUUAGCUCUCCUUCAGGAGUGGGACCUGGACUCUCUAUGUGUCUAUGAGCCAGAUAGAAACGUGCUGCGAAGGAAGGAAUGGGAAAGGAGAAACCAGGAGGCCCAGCAGGACAAUGGCGCGUUUAACACAAACUAUUCCCUCUUCAGUGAACCAUACAAGACUAACAAGGGGGAUGAGCUUUCCAAUCGCAUCCAGAAUACUUUGGGCAACUAUGAUGAAAUGAAAGACUUGUUAACUGACCGGUCAAACCAGAGCCAUCUCGUUGGGGUUCCAAAACCUGGGGUUCCUCAGACAUCUCUCCCCAAGACUGAUGAACAUCUUAUUGCAGACUCGAGACCACCACCUCCUCCUCCUAUUUCUGGCACUACUUCUUCCACACCAGCAUCCCUUGCUGCCCAGCAGAGCAAAAGCACCGCAAUGGGCUGGCAGAAGGCUGGGCAUAAUGCCACUUCAGAUGGCCAGCAGAGAGCGAGCAAACACGGACAUCGGUCACUGGAGUCACACAAGGGUGACUUCAAACUGGCGAGCCAAAAAUCCAGUUUGGAGAAACUAAAACACUAUGCAUCAAGUCCCACCUCCUCCUCUUCCUCCUCCUCUUCUUCCUCUUCCUCCUCCACCUCCUCUUCCUCCUCCUCCUCCUCCUCCAAUACUGCCCAGCAAAGCUCGCUGAGGGCCACAUUAGGAGACAACACCAAUAGAGUCCAGCAGCCAGCAAAGCUCAGUUGUGGCUCAGAAGGAGGAACCAAAGUCCAAGAGAGGCCAGCAAAGCAUGGUGGGGGGCACUGCGUCCAGAACUUCCCACCCUCUCUUGCUUCAAAGCCCAGUCUGGGUCAGCAGAAGCCAACAGCUUAUGUACGGCCAAUGGACGGUCAAGACCAGGCUCCGGAUGAGUCUCCAAAGCUGAAGUUACCAGCAGAGACGACCAAGUCAUAUCGGGGAGUGCCUUCCAGCAAGCCUGAUUCGGCCAGGACCAAGUCAAAGAUCACCAAGUUCAGCAUUCCUAAGCAAGAAGAAGACAGUGGAACAGGAGAUAACAGCUGCAUUGAAGAAAUACUGCGGGAGAUGACCCAUUCAUGGCCUCCACCACUGUCAGCUAUUCACACACCAGGAAAGGCAGAACAAAGCAAGUUUCCCUUCCCAAACAAGGAGUCACAGCAGGGAUCUACAGGACACAGCAAUACAAGGAAAAGCGAUGUAGAGCCAAAGACCCCAGAGAAAAGCGCAACCCAUACAUCAAUGCUAGAAGAUGACCUCAAGUUAAGCAGUGAUGAAGAGGAGAAUGACCAGCAGGCAGCACAGAGAUCUGCUCUCCGCGUUCUAUCUGACAGCCUGGUGGUGCCGCAGUCCAAUGCCCGAGCCUCGGGACUCUCCAGCAAGGGGUCGAGCAGCAGCAGCUCCAGUGAAUCCGAGACCAGCUCAGAGUCUGACUCAGAGAGCGAAAGCAGCUCCAGCGAGAGUGACGGCAGCAAAGCCUCCCAUUACUCCAGCCCAGAGCCUGAGCCGCCCUCGUCCAACAAGUGGCAGCUGGACAAGUGGCUGAACAAAGUUACCCCUCACAAAGCACCCAUCCUAACCCACCCCGAUGGCCCGGCGCUGGAAGCCCAUCCCUACUACGGCCGCCUGAAGGCAGAGCGGCAGGAAGGACAGAAGACCCCGGCUGAGGGCCCGGCCGAGCAUCGCAGUGAGGAGAGCCGCGCCGCCGCCGCCGCCGCCGCCGCCGGGGACGGGCCGCGGCCCAGGACCGCCAACAAAGCGCCCGGCAGCAAGGGCAGCCGGCAGAAGUCACCCCUCGCUGCCGACAGCGGGCCGCCGAGGCGGGCAGCAGGGAAGAAGGCACCGCGGCGAGCCGAGAGGAACUCCGCCGGAGACGCCCCCCCCUGCCCCAGCGCAGAGGAGCCCCCCCGGAGCCACGGCUUCCCUGAAGGCGCUGCUGGCGAGACGCCCAGGGCCCGGCCCGGCGGCGGCGGCUGCAGAGCGGGGCACCGCCGGGAGCCCCGCUCAGCUGCAGCCGGUGAGAAGCGUCGGGCCCGAGGGCCGAGCAAAACGGCGCCCAAAUCCAAGGAGUUCAUCGAGACCGAGUCUUCGUCCUCAUCGUCCUCCUCCGACUCGGGCUCUGAGUCGGAGCGGGAGGAGCGCCCGCUGCCCAAGGUGCCAGCGGCAGCCGGGCCUGAGCCGCGGGGUGCCAAGGACGCGGGGACCGGCACCGCCAGCAAACCCCACGGCGGCUGCAGUGCCUUUGGCUCUAUUAAUGCCAGGACUAGUAGUGAAAUAGCAAAGGAGCUGGAGGAACAGUUUUACACCCUGGUUCCUUUCGGUAGGAAUGAGCUCCUGUCUCCUCUGAAAGACAGUGAUGAGGUAAAGUCGCUGUGGGUCAACAUUGACUUGGCUCUUUUGUCCAGGAUUCCAGAGCGUUUGCCCGAAGAACCGCUGGCCAUGAGCGCCGGAGCAAACCAGGCGGCCAGCUUCCCGCAGGGUAGUAGUGCUGAACCCCCCGCAGAGAAGGGUUUACCGAAAUCUAGAAGGAAACGCAAGUGUGAGAAUGAGGAAGAGUGCAGAGACAUCAAGAAGACCCACUUAGAGCGAGAGAGUUCUUCACGAUUAGCUGCCUCUGCCCAAAGCAUCACAACAGCAAAUCACUGUAAUAUGAAUGAAAAUAGCUUGGCAAUACCAAUAAAUAAAAAUGAGAAAAUGCUUCGGUCACCCGUCUCUCCCCUCUCUGAUGCAUCAAAACACAAAUAUUCGAACGAUGAUUUAACUUCCUCCAGCAGACCUAAUGGCAGCAGUCUAUUACCUUCAAUCUCCUCCAGCAAAAAACAUAAGGGUGAAAUCCAGUCGCAGCCACAUCCUGGGGACUUCAAUAAAGCAAUUCAUAUCAAUUCAGAAAAUGUUCUUCUCUGCAAUAAGCCACAGUUCCAAACAGAGCCUUGGUCACCUCUGUCCACCACACCCAGGGACUGCAGAAGAACAAAGCUUAUCUUUGAUGAUAUACCACGCAAUGCAGAUUACUUUAUGCAGGAAGCUAAACGGAAGAAGCAUAAAGCAGAUGCAAUGGUGGAGAAGUUUGGAAAGGCACUGAAUUAUGCAGAAGCAGCACUAUCGUUUAUUGAGUGUGGAAAUGCAAUGGAACAAGGCCCAAUGGAAUCUAAAUCCCCUUAUACCAUGUAUUCAGAAACAGUUGAACUCAUCAGGUAUGCAGUGAGACUGAAAACCCACUCAGGUCCCAACGCCACGCCAGAAGACAAACAGCUGGCUGCAUUAUGUUACCGCUGCCUGGCCCUUCUGUACUGGAGGAUGUUCCGACUCAAGAGAGACCACGCAGUCAAGUAUUCGAAAGCGCUUAUUGAGUAUUUCAAGAAUUCAUCAAAAGCUGCCCAGAACCCAUCUCCUUGGGGUGCCAGUGGAAAGAGCACAGGAACUCCAUCACCUAUGUCCCCUAGCCCUUCUCCAGUCAGUUCUGUAGGAUCCCAGGGGAGCACAGGGGCCCCUUCCCCAUCUCCUAUCAUCAGCAUCCCGCAGCGCAUUCAUCAGAUGGCUGCCAACCACGUCAGCAUCACCAACAGCAUCCUGCACAGCUAUGACUACUGGGAGAUGGCUGACAACCUGGCCAAGGAAAACAGAGAUUUCUUUAACGACUUGGAUGCAUUGAUGGGACCUAUCACCUUGCACAGCAGUAUGGAGCAUUUAGUCCAGUACACCCAACAAGGACUUCACUGGGUGCGGAAUAGUGCUCACUUGUCAUAAUGACUGCGUGCCAUUCACAUGGACAGUAUCCCUUUCAUGGAUAAUUCAGUUAUUCUGGACACUGUGCUACAGAAAUAGUCAGCUACAGCAUUGAUCCAAACAAAGGUGAAUAUUUCUUCAAUAUUGAGCAAAAUUCUUCUGAGUGUAGACAUGUAUGUGCGCAGAGGUACAAUAUACAAUGAUGUCUCUUCAGAAUGAAUUGUUCUCUAUCACUCUCCAAACAUUUUCAUACACUAGAAAUACUAUAAAGAACUGAUCUUAAUGCACAAACAUACCCUUUCUAUUCUUGUACUGAAAAACUCAGAAACCAAAAUCUUAUGGGUUGAUUGAACCAAGUGCAAUAAGCACAGAUCCCUAUUCAGGAAAGCUCACAACAGAUUCUUAACUUUAAGCUUGUACUGAAAUCCUGAUGACUUCAGCAGAGCUUAAGCACAUACACAAGGGCUUUCCUGAACUGGAAUGAAUGAGGGCAAAUCAUAGACAUGGAGAAUUUUUACUGCAAGCAUGGACACGUCACAGAAGUUUCCAUAUUAACUGUGCCACCUCCCUCUUACUUCUCCACUGGAGCACAGAGAGGAGGUGUGUAGUCUGCAUUAAGUUGGAGAAAGACAGCAUUCCUUCCUGUGCAAUAAGUUUCAACAAAUUGCAUGCAUUUCUUUAUCUCCUGUCUUUUUAAAUAACUUUAUGUCUCCUUCAGCUCCUCACCAACAGUGCAACCUACAGUAUCACUCAAAAGGAAGGCCUGAAAACAGAUAUGCUGGUAGGAAGAACUUAAAAGAGAUGGUGGAAAAUUGCAUUCUGUUACUGACAGUAAAUAGAUAAGGAAAAAAUAUGGCAAACAGUAAUCCACUUAGGAAGGAAAAUGUGUUAAUUUCAGCUGCACACACACAGAGACAGAUAUUUAUAACAGUUGUUGGCUUUGCAUGGGAAGGCUUCAUCCUGCAGAUUUUGACUUUCAUAUCUUUUUCAUCUAGCAGAAGCUUGCAACAUUUUCUUCCAGGCUGUAUGGGAGCAUUACAUGCAAUUUCCUUUAUCUGGGAAGCUGAGUUUGCUGCUCAUCAGACUAAGAACUGUUUCCUAUCAUAAUCCUCUCACUCUUCAUGCAUAAUCCUCAACUAGGCUUUAACGUUUCUUGAUUUAUGGGAUGUUUUCAGUUCCUGUUGACAGGCUGUGUUUUUCAUGCCAGAGAAUUAAUCCCACAAUAAUUGGAGUUUAAUUUGGGUCAGAUGAGGUCAAGGCCAGUUCAUAUCAACUGCGCUUGCACUCAGUGCAUUUUUGUUCAUUUUCAGUGGUUUUCACAUAUUUAGGGGUUUUUUUUCUAUAUUGGAAAUAUUUUUUUUGCAAUCACAUUUGCUGCCUUUACUCAAAUCAGCAGCUCCAGCGACUUUCAAUUGUUCUUGUCCAAGGCAUUAGUUGAACCCUUUUACUGUUAUUUUCUAAUCUAAUUUGCUUACAUAUUAAGAAAUCUUGAGUACAAAAGACUUUCAAUAGAAGAUGCAAGUAGAAAUAGCCACUGAUACAAAUGGUUGAUUAAUUGGUACUUGCUGCCUUUAUUUUUCUGUCCCCCCUUUAUGAAAAGCUGCAUUUUGAAAAAAAGAUACCAAACAAUAUGGCACAAUUUCUUAGUCAAAUGUCUUUGGUAGCACAGACUCCAUGUACCCCGUGGUAAAGAGUGGGCUUAUGAGCACACUGAGCCCCACAUAGCCGUGUUUUUCUGCCGAGGCUGCUCACCAUAACUCCAGCUAUUGUUCAGACUCAGCAUUCACUGUGUUCUCUGAAGCAGCCACCAAGGAACUGCUCAGCCCCAAGCCAUCCUGGGCCAAUAUUUAUUUGCCCAUCGGUGCUCAGAUACUUCCCCCCCAGGAGAAUGCCUGUGGCUGUGGCCACCUCUUAGCAUGGUCUUGAGUGUUACAAUGUGGCUGGCUUUAGCAGAGAACAUGUAGUUGCCUUUAAAGGACAAAAUACGUGACCUCUGAGUCCUGCCGUCACCCUUAGCCCUGGCUGCCACCCACCCCAGAAGGAACACAAUUUGUUUCGUCACAAGUAUCAUGGAGAACUCGAUUGGUGCCUUUCUGUUUAUCACUUGCCUGAUCUCCAGCUGUGGAAGGAAGUCUGUCAGGAUUUGCUAGAUUAGUAGCAACGGAUUCUGUCAGCUGCUCCAAUGCCAUCCACAGGUACUGCAGGAUUUCUCCUCAGAUCAGGAAAGUGAAACUCCAGCUAGAUUAGCUUCUGUUUUCUUUGACGGUGCCUAUGAUGUUUAUCUUCAGAUAAGUUUGGGGGUUUGGGAGCCCUUUCUGAUAUUUAACAUUGAGAAAUUUUAGAAGUAACAUAUAUUACUUGCCUUAAAUGGAGUUUAGUUUUAUUGCACAUGUGGCAUUUGAGUUUCAAAUAUGGAACUUUGAAGCAUGUUUAUUUUACUAAGAUCGGGAUAUUUUUCUUAAUCAUGAUGAACUCUUUGUAUGGAUAUAAUAUGUCAAGAAACUUCAAAGAAAUGCAAGAAUUAAUGGUGUUCUGUUGUAACAUUUCCAAGUACUAAACAUCUCUGUAGAUGAUUGUCCUUUCCUGUACACUGCUCUUAUAUUGAGUUAUUUCAGCUAAAAUAUCUAUUGCUUCCAUGGAAAUCUUACUGAUUUUUAGUUUUUGUGCUGGCGUCAUCUGUGUUGUCUGAUGAGCACACUGAGCCUUAAUUUCUGGUGGUGCAACAGGAUGAGUGGAUUAAAGGGUUUGGCCUUCUCUCCAUAGGGUUUCUCACAGCUAAACUAUUUUAGCGAGGUUAUUUAGAAUACUCUUCUGUGCAGGCUAUUUGCUCUGUAGGGUUGCUGCUGAUUGGAUGUCUGAAUGUGGCACGGUGACAACAAAUACUUAAUUUCAUCUUCUUAGGGACUGGUCUGCAAAAGUGCAUGUGACUUCAGGUCUGGUCCAGUUAAGCCUAUGCACCACUUUAAGAACCUGAAUAGUCUUAGGCAGAUCACACUGUGAGUCAAAGAUGCUCUGUGUGUUUUGGAUGGGACCAGAGGAGGCUGUCCUUUUUUUGCAGUUCCCUGAAAUACACUGACUUAUUUUAACCUGCUGUAGAAGUCCAGGAAUAUGCAGGCUUCUUUAGCCAUAGCAACAUUCAGGUUCAAUUUUGGAAAAGUAAGAAGUCAUUCUGUACAAAUCCAGAAGGAUUAUGCCUGGAGGAAGAGGUUUGCUUACAAACAGAGGCUUCUGAAUCAGUAAGAGUUCAUACAACAAUAGGAAUGGAUGGAAAGGAACUGUGUAUUGCAGGUGGGCUUUUCAAAUCCAGAAUGGCCUAUAGGAUCCUCACAGACAGCAAGAUCAUACAGAGCCCUUGGCCUUAAACCUUUAUAGCAUGGCAUGAGUGUCAGGUAAGAACAAAGCAUAUGCAGAGGUUCAAGUGUGGUCAAAAGCCAGGCAUAGUCCUUCCAGUCACGUGGCGGGAUACCCAAACCCCUUGUUUGCCUAUUUCUUUUGCUCAAAAAUCCAGAGCUCCAAAGGAAAAGAUUAUAGGGAACAGAAGACUUAGGUAAAGGAGGUUAAGAGGAUCAAGCCCUAAGUGUAGAUACAAACACAUCUGUAUAUAUUGUAAAUCUAAAUAGUAAUAAAAGUCACUCAGCAUGAAGGAUAUUACUAGUGCCUACCAUUGAUCAUCAAGUAGUCAUCACUGAGCAGCCAUAUCACCUAAGAAGUGCAGUAGCUGUUGUCAAAAUAAUUUGUGUAGCUAAUUAAUUUAUAUGAAAUGCACCUUUGGGACUGUGCCAUAGUAUCUCUUUUGUAAUACAAAUGUUCAACCAUUUUUCAUGGCUACUGAUUCAAAUCUGAAAUGUCAGGAUAUCUUCUCUUCCCCAGAUGAGGACAUACACUUAGACCUGGCUAAUCUGUACUUAGUUUAUCUACCCAAGAGACUUUAGUAGUCACCAGCCUUAAUGCAUGUACAGUAUAUGCUAUUCACUGACUUAGUUGUAGGUUUUAAUCCAAAUGAAAUUGGAAUUUUCAAAAUGACUUGGAUUAAUGGCAUCUGCCUAGAUGUCCCACAGAUGUGACAUUAAAUGGUUCAUGAUUUUAAGCAAGAAAGUUUGAAUUUUAUGUAAAUAGCAGUUGAUUAAUUCCUUGAUCUUUUUACAAGACAAUUUUUUUAAAAUUAAAAGAUUGUCAAAGCAAUAGGUUUUUUAACUCUCCUAAAUUUUUGGCAGGUCAUGGGUUCAUGGUAAAAGCUAUAUUUAGAAUAUCUCCUUCUGCAAUAUGCCUUGUCUUUACAUAAUCCUCUUAAUGCUUAAUAUGUCAGAAAGAAAUGUUUCUUGUUCACAGCAAUGGCAACAUUUCCCUCCCCCAUUCAGCGAGAAUCCUCAAACUAAAGAAUCAAAUCUCCUGGCACCAUAGAAAUACAAACAAUGCCUGAAGUAUACAGACUUGUUAGGGUAACAACAGAAGUCUGUCUGGCACAGACCUAACAUGCCUCUCAUUUUGUUAUCUUUUUGUUAUCAUUUACAUCACAUAUUUGACCUCACUGUGUUUGAAACUAAAGAAUUAGUCUAGUUUUCAUGUCUUAAAAAUCCCUGGUUGGUCUGAUCAGUAUCAUAAUUAUAACUGUUACAUUAGGUUAUGUGCUGUGCACGAUGGGCUGGGAAGCCAUAGAUAAAUUUGUCAGAAUACAUUCAGAAAAGCAUUUGGAUGAUCUUAUCCUGGUAUGUCUCAAAAAAUGUGGAACUAUGUCUCUGAGCCAAUAUUGUUAGCAUGAAAAUUUAGCUACUUUACUGUCUCUCAGAAAGCUGCCGUUUGCCCUCAAAAAGGCCAAGCCUCCAUUUCCAGCAUCACUGGCCCCAUGCUGUAAAUUGCUCUUAAGGUUAAUUAACAAACUGGGAAAGUCACUUUAGGUCCUGUUUGUGCUAACCUGACUAAGGCUUCAGAGAGGAAAACACUAAGAGCAUCCGUUGGUCUUUCAGUAGGCUAUGGUUUUCUUCAGUGAGAUGGGUGAGAUCCAGCUGGGGCUAUUUCUUCAAGUAAUUACUCUGCCUCCACUUGCUGUCUAGCCCUGUUGCUGUUGGUAGCCCACAAGUAUGCCUGACUUUCAGGGGUGUUUCCUGCUUUGGUAGCCCAAGCUACCUUUCCAAUGCGGUGCUGGAACACGGAGCAAGAACCUCACAGGUUGCAUAAAGGGCCUGGCUUUUGCCCCCAAAAGCAGCAACAAAUACACCAAGGAUCCUACACUUUUGCAAUUUGUGUAGCUUGAAUUGCACACACUGCAGCUUGAAGACCAGCCUUGUCCCUGCUGCCCUCAAAGAAUUCCAGAAGGUCCAAGGAAAACAACAGAAUUAAGGGGGGAAACAGGGAAUUUCCUCUGUCCCAUGGCACUUAGUUGUUUUUUGGAGCAAAUACAGUGAACAGCAUGAAUGAUAAGGCACUCAGGUCUCAUGUUUCUCAUAUGUACUUACACAGGGAUACUUAACAUUUAUCUGCCUCACAGGGCUUUAUGAGAAUUAAUUAAUGUUUGCAAAUCACUUUGUAUCCUCAGAAGGAAAGUGCUGUUGAAGAGCUAUGGAAAAAACUGCUAAGUACACUGGAUGAAUUUCACCCCUGAGUCCAGAGCUACAAGACCCACAAAAUCUUAAAUACUAUGUAAGCUCUAGGUGUAAGCACCAGAGUGUAUAAAACUUGUGCUUAGAGCCGAGGGGUGUCACAGGCUAGGUGAAAUUGACAUUCCCAGAGUAUCUAUGACUUUGAUCCCAGCAGAGAGCAAGAAUCAAACAGUACAUAAUGGGACAAGCAGCAUAGAUUAACAAAGUGAUGCAUGGCCAUCCUAAGAGUUUCAAAUCUUUUUAUGUCUUUCGGUCACUUUGUAUUUCUGCAAAAGAAAUCUGUACAAAGCAUGUUCCUCAAAACAGCCUCAAGUGUUCAAAUAAUUCAUUAAUCCAAAUCCAGCUUCACGUAACUUCAAAUCAAUGGAAAUCUUCUUUUAGCACGGUGCAUUGCAGAGAACUAGUUGCUUAACAAAGCAUUUUUUCAAAAAGUCUCUUGUGACAAAAUAUGUGUCUGAUUUUGAUGCACAUUACCAGUAACCAAAGCGGGAAGUCAGACAUUGGUUGGGAACUCAAUGUUCUCCCACUCUGUGUGGGAGUGACCUUCCCAAAUCACACCAUUGUUAGACAGUAUCCCCAGGGCAGACUUCCAGCUCUGUUCUGACACAUUAUCCCUAGGAGUUGUCAAUAAAGCACUUCACCAAGGACUGAACACCAGUCAAAUCAACAAAAUGUUUCUAACGUGGUUCAUGUCACACUAACAAGUCCUUUCUUAGAAAUAGUUAUCCUUUUCUCCUCCACUUGGCAUUCUUAUAUGUGGAAUUCUCACCCUGUCAACAGACAUGAAAGAAAACAUUUCCUGAAGGAACAAGCUUGACAUAGAUAACAUUUACCAAAGGACAUGCCCUUCUUAUUCUUUUUCUCACUUCCAUUUUGGAAUAUACCUCUAUUUAAAAAAUAAUAUUUUCCUUUGCAGUUUAGAUUUAUCACAGAAGGUUUCGGGUUGGAAGGCACCUUGAAGAUCAUCUAGUUCCAACCUGACUGCAGUGGGCAGGGAGACCUUUCACUAGACCAGAUUUUUCAAAGCCUCAUCCAGUCUGGCCUUGAACACUUCCAUGGAUGGGGCAUCCACAGCUUCUCGGGGCAACCUGUUCCUGUGUCUCACCACACUCAGAGUAAAGAAUUUCUUCCUUAGAUCCAAUCUAAAUUUACUCUCUUUCAGUUGAAAAUUGUUGCCCCUUGUUCUGUUACUACAGGCCUUAGUAAAGUCUUUCUCCAUCUUUCUUAUAAAUCCCCUCUUUGUACAGAAAAACCACAGUCACAGUAAAAUUUCCCCAGAACCUUCUUUUUUCCACGGUGAACCCCAUCUCUCACUACCUGUCUUCAUAGGAGAUGUGCCCCAUCCCUCUGACCAUCUUCAUGGCCUCCCCCGAACCUGCCCCAGCAGAUUCAUGUCCUUCCUGUACUGGAAACCCCAGAGCUGGACACUGCACUCCAGGUGCUGUCUCACAACAGCAGAGUAGAGGGGAGAAUCACCUCCCUCAGCCAGGUGGUCAGGCUUUUUUAGCUUUCUGGGUUGCAAGGGCAUAUUUCUGGCUCAUGUCCAGCCUCUCAUCCACCAGCACCCUCAGGACCUUCUUAGCAGGACUGCUCUCAAUCAGUACAUCCCUCAUCUAUAUUGGGGCUUGGACAAACUCAGGGACAGGACCAUGUAAUUGACUGUGAUGGGCCUCAUGAGGUUCACAUGAGGGUCCUGUAUAGUAUUUGCAUGGCAAACCCAACGAGGGCAGAGAAUGACGAGGAGGACUCCACUGAUAUCAGAAGGCUAAUUAAUUACUUUAUUAUACUAUAUUAUUCUAUACUAUAUUACACUAUAUUACAUUACAUCUAAACUGAAUCUGCCAAGCACUCAACUCUGCGCACCGCUGCCCAGAAUCUCAUGACUGUCAGUCGACGGUCCCAACACACACACGCUUGGCCCUGGUAGGCCAAGGAAACAAAACACCACUUUGGGUAAACAAUCACCAUAUUGCAUUCUACUUUUGCACAAACACAGGCACAGCAAAUGAUAAGAAUUGUUUUUCCUUUCUCUGAGGUUCAGAGAACGUGAAACCCAGAAAUAUUCUUGGGAAGAAUUGUGCCUUGCUUUUCUCUGUGAAAUGUGGCGACAGUCCUCUCUCUCUCAAGGUCCCUCUGGAUGUUGAGGCCCCUUCCUGCAGUUCUAGACAUUUUCUUCUUCAACUCCAUCUCCUGGCUUGCGACAUGCAGGACAAGGGAGAGUAGAAACUGGUCGCAGGAAAAAGGUGAAAGGCAGUGCAGAGCUCUCCAAGCAGUUCAGGACCUUCCUGCUUUCUUCUCAUUCCCACCCCAUCUGUGGGACUGGCAUCCACCUUCUCUCAUUAUUUCUAGCAAGAGAAUUCAGUUCCCUCUUGAGGAAGGACAGUGAGUGCUGAUGAGUCCAUGCACAGUUUUUGACACCUCUUCUCCUCAGCAGGAAAGGCAAAUGGGAGAGACCAGUAAUCUGGGGACCAAAAGCCCUUAGUUCUGGUGACUCAAACACCUUGUGUGAAACAGCAGUGCAGCUGGAGGGGUGCCAGCAGCAUCUCCUGGCCCAAUGCCUUGGCAUGACUGUGCUACCAAUCUACUUGAGUGAGCUUUGCCACUUCAUGGCCCUGCAGUAGAACCAGCAGGAGCUGGUGGUCUCACCCGUACAAUGACCUUCCUUAGGCCAUGGAGGAUACACAGUCAGCCUUGUAACAAUUCACUGGGAUUAAAUAGGAAAAGAAGGUGGAAUGAGAGAGAAAAAGGAUUCUGAUGUAAACACAGAAGUUGGAAAUCACCUCAUCUUGUACUGAAGGUCUAAAAUAAGCACAGUUAAUCUCACCCUAGAAAUUCUUGUCUGUCUCCACUGGCUAAAAGGGGUUUUAGGUAACGAGCUCAGAUACAGAGGUGCUAUAAAUCCCACCCCAGGUUCACAGUCAUACCUGUUGCUGACAGGAAUGCCUGAUGAAAUUGGUGAAUAUCUCAGGAUGCACUGAGGCAGGAUGGGGCUGAGAUCAUGUUGGGAGGGAGCACAUAUGCAGAAAAAUAGGCAUGUGGUAAAUCCAUUAAUUUCUCAGAUGUUUCAAGCAUAUGUUUCAGACUUGGACCACCUCUUGACCACUCUAUAAUUUACUAGGCCUAAUUUCAAAGUAGAUCCUUGAGAACUGAAUGUGCACCUUUUUCUAUUAAGAUUACUGAAAUAUCAAGAAAAUACAUUUUACAGUUUACUAAAUAAUUGCAGGCACUUUUUUCUUAUGUUGCCUGGAAGUAGAGCUGGGCUCCUUUAAAAAAGGAGAAAGCUUUUCUGUAGAUGACAAAAGAGAUGAGAUUGGCUAUGAGCCUAAGUGAGGCCAAUAUUACUCUUUUUAAUGGAAAUUCAACAGCAUUUUUCAAUUCAUUAUGUGAAAAUGGGAAUUUUAUCCAUUAUGAACAGCCUGUAGGCCACACAGAGACACCUAAAGCUUGUGGCCUGCCAGCAGACCAGUAUUCCCACAGCAGCUCCCAGGGCUGGCUUCCCUUGCUGUUGGUGGAGGCAGAAAGAGCAGUGGUGUGUUGGGAGCUCCAGAGCAGCCAGGUCAGGGUGGGCUUGCAGUGCCAUUGUCUCUUUCCAUGGAUAGCAACAGGAGGAGCAGGAGCCAAAGGAGAGGAGCCAGGCAGAGAAUUCUCUGGGCAGUGGUCCCUGGUCCUCCUGUGCAGGGGCAUUGUUCCGUGCUGACCAUGGCAGAUGGAGAUGAUAGUCAGAGUAACAAACCAUGGCUGCACACAUAGACUGCUUUUGGCAACUCCCUGCCUUCCUGGGCAUAUUAUUUAUGGAAACCUGGACUGCAGUGGUGUCUGCUGGCCGGUGCCAUGUUGCAGUAGGCAUCCUACAGAGACUCUCCGUGGAGUUGCCAUCAUGCAGAAGUCAAACCCAAACCACACUGUGGGAUGGGUGAGGGAAACAAAUGGGUGGGGGAGGCAGUACAGGGUGGGUGAAGUAACAGGAGGCUUUCACGUGUCAUUACUUCUCCUGCCAGUUGCAACAAUCACAGGGUUCCCUUCCCAUUUCUCGUGCUGCACAUUGCACCAGCGGCUGAAAAGGCAGUGUGGCAAUCCCAGUGUGGGAUCAGUUGUUGGCUGGCAGUGCAGACAGCACACGACAAGGUACUGGCGCAUUGCGACUCUUCCCCACCUCCCUUUUCACACAGCGAGCUCCUGAGCGAGGUUCCCUGGCCAGGUGAGGUAUGCAGAGACCAGUUUAUGACUAGAAUUAUUUUUGUAACAAACCACAGAGGUUCAUUUCUAUAUUUCGUUUACAGCAACAAACGUCAGCGGAUUUUUUGUAAAAUUACUCAAGUCGAGAUGGCUUUGUUUGCAGCUCAUAAAACAACGCUCAUGUUGCUCUCUGAGGAUGUGCUACCCGAGGCCUCCCCCACCCCGCUACAGCAGUGUAUCUUUCUGCUGACCAUAAUCCCACAGUAUGUCCCCAUAGAGCAGGCAAUAUUGUUUACACAGGUUAAUAAAUGGAGUAUUCUGUACAGUAAUUUAUGCUGUAAAGUAUGUACAUAUAUUUCACAGUAGCAGUCACAAAUGCUUUAAACUGCCUUAUUUAUUAGAUUGGCUAGCAUUUCCCCCCUUGCUCCAGAAUACUUUAAAUUAUUUUUAUCUUUGCAUUAGGUAUUUUUUUAGUUGCUGCAUUUUGACCCAAUUAUUGAAAAAAAAGUUUUUACAGUAAAUAAAUAUCUAAAAUUUAAGUAGAAAUAGCAAAUUCACUGCCCAUUCAACUAAUAUAGCUCUGAUUAUGAUUACAAAUAAAUAUGGUAUACUCUUAUCUGUGUAUCAUAGUAUAUGCCAGAAAUCAUAUUCCGUUUGUGAUCAAUACAAACAAGAGCUUUAGUAACUUUCACCUGUUUCAUUCUUCCAUUGUGAGACAAAAAUAUAAUAAAACACUUACUGUAAAAUGACCCCCGUGAGAGCCCUGGUCUUAUUCCUCCCCCAGGCAAAACUCACAUUGGCUUCAAUGGGAGAUUUACCUAAGUACAACAUAGGGACAUUACAAAAAUAAAUAUAUGGCAUAUAAACAGUACUUGUGCUUUGUAGUCAGUCCUUUCCUCUUUAGUGAGAAACAUAGGGUAAAUGCUGCAUCUGUAAUGCUCCUCUGUCUCACUCCUUCCCUUCUUCUCUACAAGUAAAAAAUUGGGAUUUAAAACCAAUUGUAUUUGUUCCAUUCGCUCAAAAUAAAUAUAAAUAUUUUGGGGAUCAGUUCCAAGCCAAACUAGAAAAUAAAAGAAAAUGUUGCUUUUGUUUAUUUUCAUGUUAAAUUAUGUUACACAAUUAAACAGGAUAAUGCAUACAAGGGCAAUGAAAUUAUUAAUUACUUGUUUUACUGUUUGGAGAUUUUGCUAAGUCCACAGUUCAUGUAAAACUCAUGUAGCACAGUUUCUGGGAUGGUGAAAAAUCCUACUGUAAUGUAACAGAAUGAGCCUUAAGGAUUUGUAAGAAUAAGCACUUUUAUAUUAAAAAGCAAAUAUUAAUUCAUCAGUAAUAUUACUUUUUUAAUGUGACAAUAAACCAUGAAAUCAACAUCCUUCUGUCUCAAA